AUGGCGCCGCAGACCCCAUCAAAUCCAGACGAGGUGCUCGUGAUUCGAAAUGUCACCCCCAACAUCGUCACCCUCAGCCUACCGUUUUCGCCGUUUGGGGGUGUCAAAUUUGGAGGGAGGGGGACGUUGGUCCGCCUAGUAACAGGCUCAAUCGCCGUCUUCUCCCCGGUCCCUCUAACCCCCCUCGUACACGAAGCGAUCGCGAGUCUAGGCGGCCAAAUCAAAUACAUCGCCGCGCUAAACAUUGAACACCACCUGAACCUAACAGCCUGGAAAGACGCCUUCCCCGCCGCCGAAAUCAUCGCGCCGGAGGGACUCUGGGAGAAACGGCAGGCCGUGGCCGAGUUCAAGGAUACGGCGUUUACGCAUGUUUUCCGCAAGGACGAUCAUGAACCUCCCAAAAUCUCAGACGAGUUCAGCGCGGAAUUCGUCGUUGAGUAUGUCCACGGCCACCAGUCAAAGGAACUCGUCUUCCUGCACACUCCAUCCAAAACACUCAUCGAAGCAGACCUCGUUCUGAACCUCCCCGCGACAGAACAAUACUCGCGCACAGGCGAAAGCGCCGCAUCGGGUCUUCUGAACAGACUCUUAAAACCACUAGCCUCGACGGAGAUGUCGGCGUUUUGGCAGAAGAAGUAUGUCUGGCAUGUUUCGGCAAUGGCGGACCGCAAGGCAUUUGGGGCGUCGGUGCGAAGAAUUGCGGCGUGGGAGUUUGACCGUAUCAUUCCGUGUCAUGGGGAUGUUAUUGAGGGUAAUGCGAGAGAGGUGUUUCUUACUGUUAUGGAGAGGUUUCUGACUGCUUUCUGAUUGCUUUUGCACUUUGGGAGUUUUGCCUUGGUAGAUAUGGAUAAUGGGUGUCUGUCGAGAGGAAUCACAG